AAAAGCGGUUGUCAUUUGUUGUGAAGCCCCGAAAUUCGUGACAAAGCAAUAAUAUUGUAAUUUCAAAGAAAUCAAGCGAGAAUCAUGUUCCGCAACCAGUACGAUAGCGACGUGACGGUAUGGAGUCCACAGGGCCGUCUUCAUCAGGUCGAGUAUGCGAUGGAGGCCGUAAAGCUUGGUUCCGCGACGGUAGGAUUGAAGAACAAGGAAUAUGCUGUGCUAAUUGCACUGAAGCGUGCUUCAUCCGAGCUAUCGUCGUACCAGAAGAAGAUAAUUUCCAUCGAUGAUCAUCUUGGCCUGUCGUUCGCCGGCAUCACGGCCGAUGCCCGAAUCCUUAGCCGCUAUCUGCGCCAGGAAUGUUUGAACUACAAAUAUUCUUACGACGCGUACUAUCCCGUGGGGCGCUUGAUUAGCAAUCUUGGCAACAAGAUGCAAGUCUGCACGCAACGGUAUGACCGGCGCCCGUACGGUGUGGGACUUCUCGUGAUCGGGUACGACGAUCAGGGCCCGCACAUCUAUCAAACAUGCCCGAGCGCCAAUUUCUUCGACUGCAAGGCAAUGUCGAUUGGAUCCCGUUCCCAGAGUGCUCGCACGUAUCUCGAGAAGCACCUGGCAACCUUCCCAGAUUGCACUAAGGAUGAACUGAUUCGCCACGGCGUGCAAGCACUUCAGGAUACGCUGCCGAACGAGGUGGAGCUGAACAACAAGAACAUCUCGAUUGCGAUCGUAGGCAAGGGUGAAAACUUCCACGUUCUGGACGAGCAAGCGAACGAUAAAUACUUAAGCAACAUAGUACGCCGUGGUGGUGGUGGUGCUGCUGCUGAGGCUUCCGCCGGUGGUCAACCGCCCCGUGACGACGGUGACGAUCAGCCCCCAAACGUACCAGCGGAUCCGAUUCCGGUAGUGGCGAUGGAAACGUAAAUGAAUCGCAUCCGCUUACUGAGGGGUCGUGCGAUAUGGUACGUGCAACGUUUCCGGAGCAUCGCUACGAUUUCAGCCCAACCUGGAAUGUUGCUUUGCAUUUAGAAAACUGAAGGGUGGGAGUUUGAAAUGGCGUUUCAUUUCAAACUCCCACCCAACUUCGGUUUAUCAGAACAUAAGAACACUCUCUGGGUGAUUGUCUUUACUGCGAAUUAUAUUUUCAAUAAAAACUGUAACGAAUGUUCA